GCAAGCUGUCUGUAACAGACGACACGUUCUUUACUUCCGGCUGGGAAUGCAUUUAUAUUAUACAACAUCAUCUUCAAUUAGUUCCAACUAUUUUAUCAUCAAGCGUGUCAAAUAGGCAUGGACGUUGUGAAACAAACAAUGAAGACAUAUGGCACACAAAAGAGCUCGGCACAUGUAAGAGUUUACUGGCUAAAGUUGAUGGAAUAUUCCAGUGCAAACUGUGUCCAGAAUCAACGUCACGGCGGUACAAUAUCAAGGAAGGACACAUAAACAAGCACACACAACAUGACGUCAAAGUUGGGGAUUUAUGGGUGUUAAGCUGCUUUUUGGAUUGUACUCCGAAACAAGACCGGUGCCAUUACCACUGCCCGUGUGGUAAACUCUUUCGGAGAAAGUUCACAUUUGUCCGACACACGACCACGGUUUGCCCUUUUGUUCUGACAACAAACCAGACAGCUUCUGAGGAAAGAACUUCAGCAGAGUCCCCUAACAUCCAAAAAGUGAAGAGAGAGCAAGUUCCGAAAGAGACAUGUUUUGUCUGCAAUGCAAUGAUCUCUAAGAAAAACAUUAAAAGACAUAUUGAGACACACAAUGCACGGGAUGAAGUGAAAACCAAGUCAUACCAACGUGGAAUAUGCGUUGAUAAACACCGCGGUCUCUACAUGAUCAGCAAGUCCAGUAUCGCUCCAGAUUACCCACUUCAUGUACAAAUGAACACUGUCACACAGCAGAUACAAUGUGAACAUGAAAAUUGCAAUUUAGCUUUGGGUGUUGCAGCAAGGGGCAAUGUAGGUAUUUAUCAGUGCCCCCAUUUGCAAUCAGUUAUGUUUGCAAGUGAAUGCCCGAAAGAAGUACACCUCCAGUCAGAACAUGCUGAAAAUCUUUGUCAACAGAAGGUAAUACAUUCUACUAACAUGCAGGUUGCCCAGAAGCUUGUAGGCACUGCAGAACAAAGCAAAAUACCUGUCGUCGUUUUAUGGGAGCAGAAGCACUCUGUAAACAGCGUUUAUUUCUCCGUGUAUGAUGGAACGAAGGAAUACUGGGCUAAACUCGGUCGCGCUGUAGUCACAUUCUUCAAGGACAAAGGACAGCUGAAUUGCGUUUGCUGUAAAACCACCAAAUCUUGCGUACACAAGACUCUUGUCAAAUGGUAUUUGGCACAGGAACACCCAGAGUUGCUGCACAUUAGCUCCAAGGGAAGCGGUUACAUCUGUAGUGAGAAUGAAGGGGUAUCAGUUGGACAUUAUCGUAGCGAGGAACCAACAACAUCGGUCACCUUUGAAACCCGAACCUUACAAGAUUCCGGAAGCAGCUUCUGUAAGACAUACCCACCAUCCGGACAAGGUGCACGUUUAAUGGCCAAUUAUCUAAUGUCCAGGAAGAAAAUACCACCAGAUUUUAAAGUUCCGGAAAAUGCCCAAUUAGGACAUCUAGAAAACCUGUCGCCUAUCGAAACACAUUGUGUAAUGUGUGCAGAUGGAGGAGAACUUGACCAGUACCUGGUAACCAGAAAGGGGAAGAUAUACGAUAAAGGUCAUGUGUAUACAGAUAUAGCUGUUUUCAUAAAGAAGUGCAAAGCGUGCGGUCACUUCUACAGGUACCAAGAGCACAGGGAUGGUAUACACAAUUUUGACGACCACGUGUUCCUGUCAGUUCGCCUGUGCCACUGGUUCAGAGUUAACUUGAAGAAUCAUACAGCCGUAGGAAGGGCUGCCGACAUCUUAUCAGAAGAUUCCGGCUUACAUUUUCCCGGAGACAAAAUGUUACAGGGAUAUCUGCACUUUGAGGCAAUGUGCGAUCACAAGUACAACUUUACCUGUGACAUCUGUGGCCGUUUUCCAUGUUGCCUGGUGACAGAUGCAAAUAGGAAAUGUGCAUUUCCAUUAGCAUUGUCACAAGUACCAGGGACAGAAACAGCUACAGAUGGAAUCAACAUGGAUGUGUUUUGGAGCCAAACGGUGGAGGCGUCUAUUUUACUUCGAGGUUUUGGAAAAGAAGCAGCCAACGUCGGGCGUGUUACACCUAGUUAUGACAACUGGGCUCCUUUCAUUGGAUUAGCCAGAAAAGAUGAAAAUGCUUUCAACACUGAAGCUGAAAAAGUACGAUCUCUCAGAACCCAUCUUCAAGAUACAGAUUUUGAUACAGGGGAUAAGGAACUGACUGAAGAUUUCCUGAUCCAAAUGUUAUGUGAAAAGAAGGUUCUGGAUGUACGGCACUGGUGUACAAAGAUGGAAGUAGACGCCAAAGGGACCAAAUUAGAGAUGAUCAACAGCUUGAAGGAAAAGUUGAAAAGCAAAUCAACCUUCAACAAGUUAUUUUCAAGCAUAUGGGGCCAUUCUGGUGGAUGGGUAUCAGCGUCCUGCCCCCAUAGAAUAGUGUACGCGUUCAAAGCUAUUCUGAGGCCUGAAAGUGUCAGAGACCAUGUCGACAUAAUUCUAUCUAUGUCAAGACAACCGCCAGUCAUCAUUAGUGACGUAGCCCCAAUGAUGUCACGCCAUGGUAACAAGCGGCGGAAGAACAUGCCCAACGAAGGACGCUUGGGUGAAGCGACUGCAGACAACAUAAAAAAAGCUAAGGAGGGGGUAUUUUCAAAGAGUAUACCUUGCAUGAAGGAAUGGGUGACAGUAGCACCAGUCUCCGACAAUGAUUUGCCAACCUCAAAUGAAACGUUCUGUUUGCUGGAUAGGUUUCAUGAAGGGAAUACAAAAUCAGAUGAGGAACUCCUAAGGCGUAUAACGUUUGUUCCCGAAAUGAAGGGCUCAAUAAAUUCACAAGUUGAAGAGCAGCUGCACAGGGAAAUGAACCGGAACAACUACUUUCUAGAUUCGAUGUCGCCGGGUAACUACAUGUUUGUCCUGCGAUUGCUUCUACAUUUUCACAAUGAACAUACAAACAGGAAAAUGACAGAAGCAAUCAAAGGAAAACUGAACACAGACAUUUCGUAUGGUGAAAUACGUCAUGACAAGUUUGGCCGCCUGCAUCUUUCAGAUUUGGACAAUGCAGCAGAAAAAGAAGAGAAAACAGACCUUUGGACGAGGACUGAAGACGCACAGAAGCACAAGAAAAUAUCGCUCAAAUAUCACAAAGUUACCUUGAAACAACUGCAAGAAGCACUGCAGAAGGCUAGUCCAUCAAACGUGACAACGUUUUGCCAAGGGACAUCAGAACGACUUCUGGCCUCGGUAACCGAACACGGGCUGCGUUUUAGAGGGAGAACUCCCGGAGAUGGCAACUGUUUUUUCCACGCAGUUGUAGAUCAGCUUCAACGCCUCGAUACCAGAUCAGUGUUUGACCACAGGGGACUAAGGAUGGCAGUAGUUGACAGCCUACGGAGGUAUCCUUAUGAAGGAGGCACACACCUAUCCAAUUUUGUCGAUGUGCAACGGCACAAAACCUGGAACCUUUACUUGGAGGCCAUGUCUACACCGGGUGAAUACGUUGAUCACCUUGUAGUACAGAGAACAUCGCAGUUUCUCAAAAAGGACAUUGCCGUUUUCACAAGUUCCGAAGAUGGAACCGCGUCCGACAGCAAUGUUGUAAUGAUAUGUGGUGGACCAGGAGCGGCUAUUAUGUUAGGUCACUAUCAUGAAGCACAUUAUCAAAGUCUAGAUUUCCAACGUGCUGGACAAGUGGAAUGUUCCACCGCGCAAGCAGAUUCAUCACCAUUGCCGGCGGAGGAUGUGUUUCAAGAUAUCUGUAAUGAUGACAGAAGAUUGGACGAAAUAGUAGUGACGAUAGGUCCCUACCGAAUAUCAAAAUUGGAUAUUCUGACAAUAGCACCAAUACUUCCGAAAGAAACAGAAGACCAGCUGAGAGUGAAAAUUGACAAAGAGACCAGAUGGACUGUGGGCUGGUUAAAUGAUCAGAUAAUAAACGUCUUCUUGUAUGUGCUGUGUCAAAGGCGGGGGAGAAACGCAGCUUUAUCAAGCCAAGUUAUAGAGGGAUGGCAACAUUUCAAGUCCAAAAGGAGACGCCGGGCGCCACUUGUUCAAAAGGAAAAACUCUCGGAAGCAGAGAAAGUGUUUAUACCGAUUCACAGACAUGGAAGCCAUUGGACAUUGCUGGUGUUGGAUGUACAAGCCAAACGAAUGCGCUUCUAUGACCCCUUGAACCGGAGAUUAGACGAAGAAGUGGUCAACACAACAAGGGAGUACAUGGAAUACAGACUUCAGAAUGUACCAGAUGAUGCAAUUGACCUAUCAAACUUCAACGUAGAGUGUGACCCGAGCAGUUACCGUUCUUUCAUAGCCAAAGAAAUUUUGAAUGCAGUGAAGGAUGUGGAACCAAAGAAUACAACAAAGGAAAUACGAAGCAAAUACGGACUGCGGGAGCAAGUUCCAGUGAAGAGAUUUUCGGAUUCGUGGUGUGCUGACCAACCUCUGCCAUUGAAACGAAUACGAAGACCUGAAUAUGCGGCAUUGAAGAUCCAAACACAGAAACCGAAUCCUGAGGUGCAGCUUAAAAGCACAAAAUGUGUCGAAAAGACGACAGUGACAAGAAAAGCCAUGCCGGUUCCUGCAGUAGACAUGAAGGAAUAUGGUGACCAACAAGUGAACAUACUUGCUGAUGAUCUCGAGGAGCUGAGGACUGUGGAACGAUCAGAAUUCCGAAAUGUGUUGGAAAAGAUAAUUGAUGAAGAUGUACCCAGGCUGUACCGGUACCCAACAAAUGAUACAGAAGAAGUACCUGAAGAGUUCAGGAGACAUGUGCUUUAUUUUCAACGAAAGAAGCUGGAGAGGAGCAGGGCCAUGUCCCACCUCAAUGCUGUUGGAUAUGCCAUACUGAUGCAGUCCAUGGAGACACAUUUGGUGACGAGGACAAGAGGUCCAAGACUUUAUGACAUCACAAAAAGAAAUCUGAUACUACCCGAUGUUGUACUACAAUUUGGACGUCCAAGGAACGACUAUUUCCUCAAAGUGGUGGAAGAUUUCAUUUUCUACCAUGCCAGAAAGCAUUUCGAAACAAGGCACACAGAUUCAUGACAGAUUGGAUAUGCGCUUAUUUAAGAGAAAGCGUUAUGAGUACAUAAGAGUAUAUCUAUUACAAAAAAUGAGGACCGGGUUGAUAUAAGAGUGAGUGAAAGGUUGAUACUGGAGUGAAUGAGUGAGUGACAUUAAGAAGAUAUGUUGUUUGAAUAUUGAAUAUUUGAUGUUUGUGCUUAGUGGAAGGCCACAGAAAACUUGUUUAAUAGAAAUUAGCGUAAAGCAAUUGACAAAUUAUCCACUUAUUACAAGGCUGGAUAAGUGAAAGAGAGCUAAAUAUUCCAAUGAACAAAUACGCGAAAUUGCAGCAAAUUAAGAACAUGUAGUGUGCAAUUCAUGGGACUAAAUUAAAUAUAAAAGUCGUGUAUGAACCCUAUUUACUACUAGAUUGUAAUCAAUACAUUAUAAAUAUGGGAACACUGCCCACUUCCUGGAAUGUACAAGCAAAACAACCGAAACUAAACAACACAUUAAAACACAAAUGUUAUUUCAGAAAGUGGUCAUAUGUAACAAGUGUCAUAUUUGGGACAACACUUUCUUAGUAAAGUACAAAUUCUCGCACUUUGUUUGGUUGAGUCCCUAUCUAAUUACCCACUCAGCCACCGAGGCUUACGCAAAAAUGGAAGUACGACUACUGGUAGUCUAGAUCACGUACUUUGUGUACCGUUCUGACAAGUGUAAAUUGGCACAGCUCCCAUGGCCGAAAGCUAUGAACUUUACUAAGAAAGUGUCAUCCAAAAUAUAACAUUUGUUACAUAUGACCACUUUCUAAAAUGACAUUUGUGUGUUCAUAAACUUAGCACUUUUGUCUCCAAAAUUACUAUAAAGAAUAAGAAGGCCUCACUGCACACUUUGGAUAGCAGAAAUACCAACCUGAAUAUAAAUACAAUACAAAGAACUAUAUAUUGCACCUUACGGUUUAUUAAGCAGCAGCAGCUGUGACAAGUUUAUAACAAUGUCAUUCAAAGAAAAGAACUUACACAAAAGGCAUCCGGUGAGUUAUCACUGUUGGGGACAAGAGAUCUACUCACGCACCGGGUGGCAAACUGGGCAUCAUUGAGCUGAGUACUCAAGCAGUCCAGACAGACACAACCCAUGCACUGUGUCAAAGGCCGACAAACUUAUUCUCAGAUCUGACGUUUACAGAACACCCCUAAUACAUGAAUCACUUCACUUAAAGUCAAAGGCUCUUCACUUAGUUUACUCUUUUCCAUAUUUUCAAUUUUGUAGAUAUAUGUUUGUACAUCUAGUCUAAUACCACCAUUAGCCAUCAAAUGUAUAUAAAGUUCAGUUCAGUGUCGUCUGAAGGAACUUCCAUACGUAUGUGUAAUGGACAGAAGUGACAGUCGCUAGGGCAACGUGAA